GGGAUCUUAGGGCGUAAUCAGACGUGUGCAAUCGAGACCCGGUUGUUAAAAAACGAAGAGACUCAAACCUUUUUUUAUCGUUUUUCGCUAUAAAGAACAAAACAAAAAGUGGAAAGAAGGCUUUGUUGAUAAUUGAAUAGCUUACAAGUAUGUGACCCGUGUCUUCACAACUUGGAGUGGAGUUCAGGCUCCCUGGAGAAGAGAUCAACUAAAGAGAUGAACAUCAAGCCACAGAACUGAAGGGUGUAAGAGGCAAUCAUGGCCACACAGUUUAGUAUCGAUGAUGCCUUUGUGUUGGAUGAAGAUGAGGAGGAAGCAGUGUCUGAUGGAGACACCGAGGGAUGGAAGAGCAAAGACAAGGACAGGGAAGGAGCAGAGACAUUUGGUCCUCUAACUUUCUCCAAACCUCAGACUCAUCCCUCGCCUGCUGCUGCUCCCGGCUCCCCUGAACACAGUAACCUAAAGUAUCAGAAUCUGGAAAAUGAAGACGUCUUGGUCAGCAAUGGCAAUUCCUCUUUCAAUAACUUCUUCAAAAUCAGCGACCCUGCGACUCUGUCUUACUGCAGCUCGCAGUGGUCCUUCAGCACCUUGAGUUCUGUCAAUCACCUUUCUGCUCAUUGCUGUGGGUGGGUGUCCCAUCCGCUCGUGAAGAAAAACAGAAGAGUUGUUCUGGCUUCUUUCCUUCUCCUCAUCACUGGAGUUGCUCUUAUUUUCACAGGUGUUGUCAUCCAGCUGAAUCCAGUUGCCGGGGUUUCAAGUGCUAUUUUCUUUGUACCUGGAUUUCUUCUCUUCAUCCCUGGCGUGUACCAUGUGAUAUACAUCAGCUGUGCUGUCCGUGGAAGAAGAGGCUUCAAAUUGUUCUACCUACCUUAUUUUGAAAAAUAACAUUUCAUGAGACACUAAUUUUACUUUUUACCUUUUUAAAUGAAUUGUAUUUUGUCACUUUUAACUAAAAAGGUUGAUACAUGGUUGUUUUUCUUGUCAUUGUAAUGACCACUACUUACUCAACCACUCAGUGCUUCGACUUUGUUUCCACAUGAACUGAUAUUGCUGUGUGUGUACAUGAAAAAUAAGGAGAUAGGUCUUGCCUGUGUUUCUCUAUGUUGUGUGAAUAAUGACUGUGAAAUUACAAUAAAACUUUUGUAUAUUUUAA